CAUACUUACCUUGAUGGAACAGUCCCCUUCACGUAUCGGGAGCGUUGGCCGCAGGGGUCUCUCAUAGCACGGCGACCAUGUCCUCAGGGGAUGCCUGCGGUUUGUAUGGGCUUCGGCUCAUGCAUCGUCUCAAUAUUUCCCUGUUCUGCUUCGGCCCUCGGGCUGGGCAGGCCUUUUUUUUUUUAUGUCACUACGCUUUCCUAACCCUAACCCUAUGUGUUAUGUAUGGCUGAGUAGUUAUAUUACAUAAUUGAGUUAUAUACAGCCUUAUCUUUGCC